AUGGGAGCUGGGUGCACAGUGCCGAAAUCGAUGUUCUUUGUCGGCGCGCCGCUCGGGUUCGCGCCUCUCGUGUCCAUUUCGACAAGGACGUCGUCCUACUCGCUGCAUCGCUCGGCGGUAGAAUACUCGCUGCGUCGCUCGGCGGUCUUCCUGAAGGAGGCCAGCGACGAAGCCGAGCCGCCGUCACUGCACGGCGUGGGCAGCAUCUGCGAGUUCGACGAAGGGAAGCAGGGACACGCCCGCGGACUGCUUGGAGUCAUAAUCAAAGCCGAAUCGAAAGCCAAGGGCGGGGCGCGUUACGAGGUGCUCGACGCGGACGGACGCACUCACCCGAUCAAGGCGGCCCAGGUGCGCGCGACCUUCGCUGCGUCCAAGAAGCUGAAAGACCCGCUCGACGCGCCACUCGUGCUGGCAGACUACGUGAGGGUGGCGGAGAAGGCGCCGACCGAGCUGGGCGUCGAGCCAGAGAUGCUCGAGGUUGCGUGGGAGCUGGCGAGCGAGGCCGACGCGCCCCUCUCGGCAAAGCAGAUCCUAGGCGUCAUCGAUGAGGCGCUCUGCGCCAGCCCAGUCCAGCUCUUCGCGGCGUACCGGCUGCUCACCAGCGAGGAGCUCAUGCACUCUCUGCACUCUGCUUGCCGUGAUGUGGGCCGGGUCUUCUUCAAGGCGAUCGGAGACAAGUACAAAGCCAAGGCGGCCAAGGCAGUGGCCGCGUCGAAGUCGGCGCUCUGCUCGGCCGCCGACGCGGAUGCGUAUGGCGACGAGUUUUGCUUGGUGUGAUGACUGCCAGACUGGACCGCCCGCCCAUGCCGGCACGCGAUGACGUACCACACUUGGUUUGCGCAAACGCACCAGGAUUAAAAGCGAGUCCGUGUGUAAGCACUUAUAUAGAAUAGAGCAGUCCGCAGAGUAAUUUCGACAGAGGCUCUGCUGAAAAAACCGCGAUCCCGGCCUGAGGACUGAGAACGGGGCUCGGGGGCCCUGCCUUUCGCCGAAAGAGUACGUUUCGCCUUUCGGCGUUCAUGUAGGGCCGCAGGGCCAGGGGGCGGCAGAGUAAAGAGAGCGCGCUCGUCUGGGCCGUGCCUCAAUAUUCGUCAGCCUAUCCGAUCUCCGCCGCCGUGAUCACACGACCCCCCAGCGCGCGUGUGCCGCGAGGCAGGGAAACUCGAUCGCCAUGUCGUCAUCGUCCGCGGGGCAGCGGUACCGAUCCUCCAGCCACGCGCGCAGCACCGGCGCUUCGCCCGCCUUUGUGAGUCGAAUCAGCGUCAUGUCGUCGUCGCGGAGCGAUCCGAGGAAGCCCUGGUACUUCUUGAUGGCAGCGAGCUCCUUCUCAAACGCCGCCACUGCUCGUGGCGUCGCGUCCUUCAGGUAACCUGCCUCUGACAGGGUGUCAGUCAACAGUGUCGGAGCAGUAUCGACGAGCUUGAUGGGAUCGCGGGAGACGCAGCUGUCCUUGGCGGGGAUGCAUUGCGUGCAGCAGUAGAACUGGCACUCACGGCAUCCCACGUGCCCGCCAUGUAUUUUAUCAUGGCAAAGGUUGCAGACAGCACGGCCAGAGCUGCUGCGGAGCUUCGAGAGCGGGCGCACGAAACGUCGAAAGGCCGCUGAAAGGAUGUCCUGCCUGAGGUCCUCAGGUUCAGAACCGGCCCUCAGCAACAUGCCGGCGAGGAACGACAGUCGAGACG